GGAGUUGGAUCUGUGUUGGUUUGGCUUUUUACCCCCAGUGUGGAGUUGAAGCCGUCCCUGUGCCUCGCAUACACUCUGCAUAUCACAAGAUUUGGUCUCUCCUCUCUCUUCACUCUCUUCACUGGAGCUGCUGUAGGACUGGCUAUGGCCACCGCUACUUCCGGGAUCCGUCAUUUCAUUCGCCCACCGCUCAGCGCUGCGAACUGACUCUGUUUCUAUAAGCAAGCUAGCAGCCAACCUGCCAACACUCGCUGACACUCACUCAUCUCAGUCUCGCCAGAUAGACGAAAUACCUACGGGGGAGAGAAGGCAAAGAUCUGAGUCGCAAUCUCUUAAUUUCUCCUGCUUUUUUUUUUUGCUUUUUUCUUUUGCAGAGAUAAUAAAACAAGAUAGCGAUCUGGAAGCAUUACAGGAGACACGGACUUGCGGGAUGAAAACGGACUAAAAAGAUUCGUCCUUCUCUUGAACAUCAUCACCAACCGUCAUUCAUUCAUUACCUUGACAACCUCUGGCUUUGAUUGACAGCCGGAGUGGCAAAAAGCCAUGAGACACGACAGUUUAGUUACAUGCAGGUUGUUGAUGGGCCGAUUGUAACCUUCACUUUGGCGCAUUUUUUUCUUUUUUUCCGAGGAAAGAGGGGAAAACAAGAAAAAUUGCAAAACUCCCUGAUGCUACGAUUUCAACUGAACCACACUGGCGAAUAGGAGAAUUCGCAAAGUUGGUUGAAAACGGAAUCCUGCCUCUAAAUCACUUUCUAACCGGGACUGGGAUAUUAAAUAUACGACAGAUUCAGGAGUUUAUUGGAGCGCAGCCUGAUGGCGCAAAGGUACGAUGAGCUGGGCCACUACGGUGGGAUGGACGGAGUCCCGGCGUCGAUGUACGGGGACCCGCAUGCGCCCCGGCCGCUUCCCCAGGUCCACCACCUGAACCACGGACCGCCGCUGCACGCCAGCCAGCACUACGGAGCCCACGCUCCACAUCCAAACGUUAUGCCCACGAGCAUGGGCUCGGCUGUCAACGACGUUUUAAAGAGGGAUAAAGAUCAAAUUUAUGGUCACCCUUUAUUCCCACUGCUCGCACUGGUUUUUGAGAAGUGCGAGCUGGCGACGUGUACUCCCAGGGAGCCCGGCGUAGCAGGCGGCGACGUCUGCUCUUCAGACUCCUUCAAUGAGGACAUUGCAGUCUUUGCCAAACAGGUCCGUGCAGAAAAACCUUUAUUUUCAUCAAAUCCAGAGUUGGACAAUUUGAUGAUACAAGCCAUACAAGUAUUGCGGUUUCACCUCUUGGAAUUAGAAAAGGUGCACGAGCUCUGUGACAAUUUUUGCCACCGGUACAUCAGCUGUUUGAAAGGAAAAAUGCCAAUAGAUCUAGUAAUUGACGAACGGGAUGGCAGCUCAAAAUCAGAUCACGAGGAACUCUCAGGAUCAUCGACUAACCUUGCAGAUCACAACCCAGCUUCCUGGAGAGACCACGAUGACGCCACCUCCACACACUCAGCCGGCACACCGGGGCCCUCCAGUGGGGGACACGCUUCACAGAGCGGUGACAACAGCAGCGAACCAGGAGAUGGCUUAGACAACAGCGUUGCAUCGCCCGGCACGGGGGAUGACGAUGAUCCAGACAAGGAUAAGAAGAGGCAGAAAAAGCGUGGCAUUUUCCCCAAGGUGGCCACGAACAUCAUGAGGGCGUGGCUAUUCCAGCAUCUCACGCACCCAUACCCCUCUGAAGAGCAGAAGAAGCAGCUAGCCCAAGACACAGGCCUCACCAUCUUACAAGUAAACAACUGGUUCAUAAAUGCCAGAAGAAGAAUAGUACAGCCUAUGAUCGACCAGUCAAAUCGAGCAGGUUUUCUUCUUGAUCCUUCAGUGAGCCAAGGAGCAGCAUACAGUCCAGAGGGCCAGCCAAUGGGCAGCUUCGUGCUAGAUGGUCAGCAACACAUGGGGAUCCGACCAGCCGGUCUGCCAGGCAUGUCAGGGGAGUAUGUACCUCAGAGUGGUCCUAUGAGCAUGAGCAUGGCCCGACCCACUUCUUACACCAACCCUCACCAGAUGACCUCCCACCCCUCCCAGUACCGACACGGACCCCCGCUCCACGCGUACCUGCCUGACCACCCCCACGCCCACCGCCCGCCCCACCACCCUCCCCACGCCAUGCUGAUGCACGGAGGACCCUCGCCACACCCAGGAAUGACCAUGUCUGCACAGAGACCACCUUUGCUCACUCCCAUCGAUCCCAGUACUGGAGGACAAGGCCUGGACAUCCAUGCCCAAUAGUCUAAGGGAACUUUGCUACAACAACAACGACAACAACGACAACAGCAGCUACUACGAGAAAAAAAAAAACCUGAAAGAAAAGCAGCAGCUCACAAUAAAUCCUAUUUUGAGACUAUUUUUAAGAAUAAAAAUACGAACCCUUUUGACCAGAAUUUGACACUAAAGAAACAGAAUUCCAGAUGAGCUGUGAUGAUUCUUUUCUUUUUUUCUUGUUUUUUUUUUUUUUAAACUUGUCAAUUUUGUUACUUUCAUCCAAACGGAGGACCAAGCUGACAAGAACACUUUGUAAAGUCUUGGGGCUUUUGGUUGACAUCGACAGAGGCUGUUCUGUGACGUGCGUGUGCGCAGCGGACGGACACAUGCGCACAUGAGAGACGCACACGUUUUCGCACACUCACUCACUCACUCACUCACUCACUCACUCACACAUGCUCAGUACACUUUCAUGUGACGCUUCUCAAAACGCUUCUGAAACAAAGAUCACUCCGGGAAGGUUUUUUUAAAAAAAAAAAGAAACAGAACAGAAAGACUCCAAGAGUUAUAACUACUGUAGUAUAAAAAGUAUAGAUAAAUAAGUUAAAACUUUUUUUUUCGUCGAUCACAUGGUUUAUGUUUCCUGAGCUAGUUUUAGAAUUAAAAGGUUAACCUUUUCUCUCUCACACUGUGUGUGCUCCUUCCUGGAGGAGAAACUGUCUCGCAGCACAGCACUACAAAAGAAAGAAAGAAAAGAAAACAAACAAACAAACAAAAAACAACAACAACAACAACAAUAAGAAGAUGGAACAUCUCAAAAAGUCUCCAAACCACAGAGGACAAUCAGGUCCUGUCCCCAUAAGAACAGGGCAUGAUGGGAAAAGGCUGCUAAAUGACACCGGAUCUCUCCAGAAGAUUCAGUUUGAACAUUUGUCAUGCCCCCUCUUUCUCUCUCUCUCUUUCUCUCUUCUCUUUUUUUGGUUCAUGAAUGAAUGUUGCCCUGUAGGUUUUAAGGAAAAAAAAAUGGUUCCUCGUUUGAAUUGCCCAAGCACUGGAUUGUGUUGGUUUUAUACAUUUUUAUUUUAAUAUUAUUUUAUUUUUUUGUACCCUGGACUCUCAUUGGUAAGAGCCUUUUGAAGGAAGCUUAACAGUGGAAAAGCAACAUCCUACGGCGCCUCUCCACCUGUGGAUCAACCUUUCUUGCCAUAAGGACGAUAUAUACUGACACAAACGUUGAUCCCGCAGCACUGGAGAAGCUUUUGACGGUUGAUGCACCAAAAAACCUAAAACUUUUAAAAAAAGAAAAAAAACUUAAAUUAUGAACUCAAUGCUUUUUUUGGGGGGGACGGGGGCGGGGGGGGAAAAAAAGCUGAGAGAAUAUUGUAACAAACUUCGUACAGAGUUCAGUCUAUUAAUUGUUUCAUGUUAGAUAUUCUAUGUGUUUACCUCAAUUGAAAAAGAAUGUUUUUGCUAGUUUCAGAUCUGCUGUGGCAUUGAUAUUGUAUGUCCAUGAAUUCCUUCCUUUUUCAGCACGUGUUCCUCACUAGAUGAUAAGAUGCCGUCUCCCUUAAGCUUUGUCAAAAAUACAUUAAAUACUUGUAUGAGGACUGUGACGUAAUGUUUAAAAGGUGUUCAGUCACAAAUGCUGUAAUAAAUAUUUCAUUUUUGA